CGUCACUUGGAACAAAUUCAAACAAUUGGACUCAUUUCUUUCUCCGAUUCGAGUGUUACUCCUACAUCACAUAUGAAGAGGUCUGUAAUUGUAUGUGGAUUGGGGAGGCAGUCGUCGUCGUCUCUUCGACCCGUUCCCCCUGCUGAGACCCGCCCGCCAUGCAAAACAAUGGCCGCUGGAUCCAAAGCUCGUCUACUAGAUGAGCCUCCCUCUGCAUCAUCUCGUGAAGACGCAACAUCUGACGAGGACGACAAGAAUCCUGAGCUAGACGAACUUAUUCAAGAACUACAGAAACCUCAAUCAGAACCCCGUUACGUCUCUGGAGGACAGGGCGAGGAGAAAACAAGCCAUGCACCCGCUUCGGAAUCCUUCUACGAGCAAUCAGAUUCCGAUUCCCAGGAAGUUCAAUCUUCACCUUCUGCAUCUGGCUUCACCGUACUGCCUCGUUCAACUUCCUCCCAAAAGCGUGUCUUGGAUGCCGAAGAGAAAGAUUCAAAGAAGCCGAAGAAGGGCAAACAUGUGGAAGUAGACGCCUCUACUAAGGAAAAGGAAUUUGCAGAUGACCAGCUGAGGAAUGCAGGUAAUCAGAAUGCAUCUCUAAAAAAUGUAUUAAAUGACAAUGGGAUGGGAAAAAGUCUAGGUGAUGUCCAGGGAAAUGAUGAACGAGUUGUUGUGGUUGAAAAAGUUAAGGAUGUUCAGUCCAAAUAUCCUCUCUUGGUUAAUCAUCUGAACAAGGAAUUCUAUCCAUGGAUGUCUGAUGCGGCAUUGGAUAUGUUGAAGGAGAAAUUGAAUCUGAUGGAGAGUUCCUGGGCCGCUGAGGUUGAGGAGAAAUGGACCAAGCUGUUGGAAGAGCAUGUUGAAAUUUGUGUGAAGGUCGCAGAGUUGGCAGCUCUGCAGACUAGAAUGGUGUAUGAUGCUAUGAAGAAGUAAUUUGGAGUACUAUGAGGAAGACUUCGUAGAUGCAAGUUCUUAUUUUGUCUAGUAGGCUUUUUGCACAGUUGAAAAUUGAACUUGCAAAGUGGUUGCUUUCUAGCUUAUGUUGAAUGCUGUUUGUGGUUCAAUUAAUGAGAUUGUGAUUUUGCAUUUAUGGGUUAUAUAAAUUUGCAGGUUUAGUUAAUGGGAAAAAUGUCUCUAGAUGCUUUCUAAAAAGCUUGACUCUUAGGAUGAAGCCCAGUGUGUAAUUGUGUUAACCCUCCUAUAUAUGUAGUAUUUGUUUUCCUCUCAUAUUACUCUUUGUUCUUCAAUUUUAAUAGGUUAUUUUUCAGCUCUGUUACGUAA